CUAAGCAUGAACAAUUAAUUCAAGAUGCUAAUACUAUAAGAUCAAUUAUGUAUGAUUUGCCUGAAGAGGCCAUUGAAGAAACAUGUAAAAUAUUAGUUUAUCAUAUAAAAGAGAGACUAAACCAACAUUCAAAAUAUGCUGGAAAUGGUUAUAAGUGUAUAUUUAAAGGUAUUGAUUCUUAUUUUAUUUUAUCUCAAAUAUUGAAAGAUGAUAAUUGGGGUACUAAAUACUUUUUGCAACAUUAA